CCAUCAUCCUCGACUUUACCCAUUAUCAUCGUCGUCUGCGCCGUCAUGACUCCGAAAGCCCUCACAAGUCUGCCUUCUGAGAUUCGGCAGCAAAUCUUCAAAGAGUGUCUAGCGGUAGACGGUGGUUAUGUCUAUGAUGUUCAGGCUGACAAACUGACAAAUGCCGAUGGUACCGCAAUUGAUCUCUCCCUUCUUUUCACUUGUCGCUCUAUCGCAAAUGACACCAGGGCAAUGCCACUGGCCGUCAAUACUAUCCGGUUUUCAACUGUCUUCCGUCAAGACUGGUGCGGCUUGGCUGGCUGCUUCGCCCUUGCUGCUACCACUCACUACGUUCUAGAGCAAGACUUUGUGUUUCAUUUAGCUCAUCUCAUCACUCCUGAAAUGUUCGCCGAGCUUGAGUUAAUGUGCCCGGGUUAUCAGGCACUACUUGAAAUUGAGCUCGUUAGGCACGAGACUUGGAUACAUGAGAACAACAACCGCGAAUACAAUUUCGAAGCUGACAAGUUGCGACCAGCCGUGUGUAGCAUGGUACGACAAUUUAUGAAAAAGGUCGACUUAAUCAAGAUGAACGGGAAGUCUCUGAUUUGUCCCUUUCGCCUUUUCCACAAUGAAGCCGAUGCCAAUGCCGGCGGUGGUUUAGAUGAUCGACAGCCGCAAUGGACCCAAGGCGAGCUGCGGGAGGCAACAUCUUACUGUCUGAAACUUAUCUCCGAAGCGCAACCUGAUGAGUUUGCGAGAUACGUAUACAAAUCGCUCCCCCAUUGGAUAGGAAAUCACCCCGCAGAAGACUUUGUCAACUUCAAAUUCAACCUGUGGGACAUCCCUUCUCGGGAGCAUGUGGCUAAUAUGCUAGAAUUGCUUGAUAUCGGGCCCUUUGUUUGGGAACUUCCUGCUACUUGGCACUACGCACCUCUUAGCUUCUACGAUCAUGUCGGUAAAAGCGUCCCGCAGGAUCGACGUUCUCCGGAGUUUGAGAAACCGGAUAGUUUAUUGGAGCACUUUACCCGUCGAUGUCGUGAAAAGCUAAGGUUUUCUGCCACCGCUGCUGCAAUUCGAUUUCUUCAAGGACUUGCGAUUAGCCAGAGGAAGCAGGUCAGAAGGGUUAUAUUGCAUGAGGACUUACCAUCGGUAAAUCUGCCGUCUCGUCAUACCCAGGGGUUAGUUCCUUUGUUGAAAGAGAACCCGUUUCUUCGAGUCGAGCGUCGUGCCAGUGUUUUUGGCUGCAUGACCAGCCAGCGUCCCAACUCCAUUAGGGCUCUCAUUAACACUGAGGAGGGGGAUGACAUGCUCCCACGCCCAGAGAUUGUGGACCGGGAGUUUGAGGCCAGUAUAUACUACUGGCUCCUCGAUGCUUUCGCGGUAGUGGAUUCGGGUCUUGAUACCAAGUGCUUCACUUUUGUUUUAGAAGCUGGUCCACACAGCGAUUACUGCGCUGAACUUUUCCAGAGAGUCAUCCAGACAGAGAUUUCCAAGUCAAAGGCUUGGAAGAUCUGCUUGGAAACCGGACUUUUGGCAUCUCUGAGACCAACUACACGUCACAGCAACACGAUCAGAUAUGAAAAGGAUCCGAGGUUUGAGAAACUUGUUGAGCACUUGGUAAAUCAAGCAUCCAUUUUCCGCUGCGACUUCAAUCCCGGUGUCUUAUUAGAUGUAGCCGCGUUGGUUGAGGAUGCCAGAGUACGCCAUGGGGAAAGCAUCUUCGACAAGUGGGUGAGCAAGUGGCUUUUUGAUAUCAUUCCUUUACCAUAUGAUCUAUAUCAUGAUAUGAUGGUGGCUCCCAAUUAUGAGUUUCAGACCCGGCAGGAGUACAUUGAGUUACGGGGGAAGGGAUUUCAAGACGGAAGAUUUUUAGAGGGCCUGCAAAGAUAG